UCCAGACUUGCAUGAGUCUCACAGUAUCUCAUUAGCUUGUAAGUUGGUCCAUUCGUCUCUCUAAAGACAAUGGCUAUUCAUCAAAAGCUUCUCUCAGUUUUUGUCUUGCUUGUUCUGUUGGCUUUCAACUUGAGCGAUGCGCAGAACUUGAAAGUUGGGUUCUACCAUAAAACAUGCCCAAAUCUAGAGGCCAUUGUUGCAGCGACUACUAAUCAGUACAUAUCUCGGGCACCAACACUUGCUGCUCCUUUGUUGAGGAUGCAUUUUCAUGAUUGCUUCGUUAGGGGAUGUGAUGGCUCUGUGCUAAUUAAUUCAACAGCAAGCAAUCAAGCAGAGAAAGCAAAUACCGCCAACCAAAGCUUGAGAGGGUUCCAUGUCAUUGACGCUGUAAAAUCUGCAGUAGAAAAGAAGUGUCCCGGCAUUGUUUCCUGUGCAGAUAUCUUGGCGUUGGUAGCACGCGACGCAGUAGGAUUUCUUCAUCAUGGAGCAUUUUGGCAAGUUCCAACAGGACGUAGAGAUGGGAGAGUGUCAUUAGCCUCAGAGGCCGCAAGAAACUUACCUCCUCCAAUUGCCAACAUUACUCAGCUAAAAGCAAUGUUUAGCGGAAAGGGUCUAAGUGUUAAAGACCUUGCGGUUCUAUCAGGAGGGCACACAAUCGGAACAUCUCACUGUGGACCCGUCACAAAUCGAUUGUACAACUUCACUGGCCGCGGUGAUACAGACCCGAGUUUGGACAAAAAUUACAUUGCACAGUUGAAGAUCAAAUGCAAACCAGGAGAUAUCACUACCACCAUUUUGGAGAUGGACCCCGGAAGCUUCAAGAGGUUUGAUGAAGAUUACUACACUCUAGUCUCUAAAAGAAGAGGGCUUUUCCAAUCUGAUGCUGCUCUUCUCGAUGACACUGAGACGAAAGCGUACGUGUUACGUCAAGCCACCACUCAUGGAUCUACAUUUCUAAAAGAUUUUGCUGCCUCAAUGGUGAAGAUGGGUAAAAUUGGAGUCCUCACUGGCUCAGCUGGUGAAAUUAGGAAGCAAUGUGCUUUUAUUAAUUGACGAUCAUGGAAAGUUUUUAUUUUUUGUUCGUUUUGUUUCGGCUGCUGGUUGGGUUUUGAAGUGUUUGUAUAUUGAUCAUGUAAUAAUGCUUGUUUUGUUCUUUCCAAAAAGUGGCAGCCAAAUUGGGGUUGCCUGCUCAUUUGAUUUUGCACUCCAUAGUGGAGAGUCAGGAGACUUUACCAUCUCCUGUAACUAUUCAAUUAUUUUCCGACAAUAAAUCAUUUUAGGUCAUUUCCUUCUGAGCAAA